AUGACUCUAGACCUGCAAGGGCUUGCGGCCCAGCGCGAAGCCCUAGACGCUCACCUUCGCCUCUUGGCAUGCGAAAAACGCUCACUCUCUGAACGCUAUAACAGCUUACUAGCUGUUAACUUCCUUCCUGUGGAAAUGCUGUCAAGGAUUUUCUCUGCUUUUGCCAAGGACUCAUCCACCAAUUCCUCACUACUACGCGACGUUAUCAGGCUCUCACACGUCUGUCGUCAUUGGCGGCAAAUCGUGCUGAACAUGCCUGUACUCUGGGCAAGCUUCGAUAUCGACGGGGUUGGGAAGCACGAAGUCCGUCAUGUAAUUUCCGAGCUUCUUCAGCGUUCGCAACGCGCUCCCAUCCGGCUCAGCAUUGACGUCUCGAGUUGGAUGGAAGCCUCACCCCGUCGCGCCGUCAAGGCCGCAUUCCAAAUUCUGCACCAUCUAACACACAUUCGAAAGCUCUCUAUCGUUGCUGGUGAACAUGACACUACCGAGUGGUUCGAAUACCUCAGAACGACACCCGCGCCAAUGUUGGAGAAGCUCAAGGUCUGGUGCUGCGAGACCGCGCCGUUCCAUAUCCCUGACACAAUGUUCAACGGCGCCGCGCCCCAACUUCGCCGUCUUACCCUCUGCAUGUGUCGCAUAUCACCUGCCAACGCUCUUCUCGCCGAAAUCACACAACUCAAGCUGAAGCAUUGCCUUGGGGAACUUCACUACAAGGAGAUGCUUCCUGUCCUUGCCAACAUUCCACGACUGGAGAACCUCCUCAUCGAGGAGGAAGAAUCAGAAUUUAUGCCUAAUGAUCUUGAUCUGGCCGGGCGAGCGCGUAUUUCUCUUCCACGCCUCAGAAAGUUAGAGCUAAGUGGCCCUGUCCCGUUCAUGGCCGCGCUCUCCAACCACCUAUUGCUUCCAUCGUCCGCUUCCAUCAUCAUUAGAAACGAAAUGGAUCCAUUCCAUGACGACAAUGUGUUCCUCGAGCACCUCGUUCAGACCGGCAUCAUCCAAGAACAAGAUCCCCUGCGUGCACUCUAUGUCUGCGGUAACAUAUCCGCCAGCACUUUUCUUAUUCAAGGAUCCCGGACAGGUCCCUAUGCUCCCACUCUAAAUGCCAUCUCUUCCGACCUUCAUAUGCGAUUUGAAGAUCUGGGUCAUUUUGACCGUUCCUAUAUCCUGACCACGUACCUCUCGGCCGCGAAUCUGGAUCGCUUGGAGGAAUUGGAAUUGUGCGACCUACUUCCCGAUGUGCCAUGGAGGGCGGUAUUUGCGCGCAUGCCGAACGUACAGAAACUUACUCUCGGCGAAUAUGCCAACACAUGCAACAUUAUCGAAGCACUGAUGCCACCAUCCAAUCGCAAUGAGAUAGACAUGUCGUCGACGGGCGCCGCGAGCAAUACGGGCACCAAUGUUCCCCUCCCCAAGCUGUCCUGGAUCGGUAUCAUGGGCAGUUGGGUGGAUCUACUCGACAAUGCGGAGGAGGAGUUGGGGGAGUUCUUGGAAAGGUUGGAAACAUGUUUGGGGGCGCGUCGCCGGUUGAGGGCCGCCUCAAACCCGGUGGCCACUUCAUUUUCAUUCAUUCUGCCUGAUGACGUCGAUCUUAAUAUAGUUCAGGUGUUGACGCGGUAUAGGGAUCAGAGCGAGACGUGGGUGGGUCGAGAUGUUGCGGACGGCGAAGUCGAUGAGAGUGUGUCAGCGGUUUGA